UCCGGUGGUGGCGCCGGGUUGCAGCGCCGGUCGUGGCGGUUUCGUUGCCCGAAGCCGGGAGCGCGGAGUCGUUCCCGGGGGAGGCGGCCAGGCUAUGAUCGCGGGUCCCCGGCGGCCCGCUCCGGCCAAACAGAGUCUCUGUCUCAGCUGGUGCCCGCGCUCGAACGGUCGUCUCAGCCCAACCCCGCGGCGCAGUUGGCGGCGGCGCCCCCGGCGCGCCCCCUCCUCCGAUGGCGGCAGAGAUCCAGCCCAAGCCGCUGACCCGCAAGCCGAUCCUGCUGCAGCGGGUCGAGGGCUCUCAGGAGGUGGUGAACAUGGCCGUGAUCGUGCCCAAGGAGGAGGGUGUCAUCAGCGUCUCGGAGGACAGGACUGUUCGUGUGUGGUUAAAGAGAGACAGUGGACAGUACUGGCCAAGCAUAUACCAUGUGAUGCCUUCUCCAUGUUCAUGCAUGUCUUUUAACCCGGAAACAAGAAGACUGUCCAUAGGUCUAGACAAUGGUACAAUCUCAGAGUUUAUUUUAUCAGAAGAUUAUAACAAGAUGACGCCUGUGAAAAACUAUCAAGCGCAUCAGAGCCGAGUGACGAUGAUCCAGUUUGUCCUGGAGCUGGAGUGGGUGCUGAGCACGGGACAGGACAAGCAGUUUGCCUGGCACUGCUCCGAGAGUGGGCAGCGUCUGGGAGGUUAUCGCACCAGUGCUGUGGCCUCAGGCCUGCAAUUUGAUGUUGAAACCCGGCAUGUGUUCAUUGGUGACCAGUCAGGCCAAGUAACCAUCCUCAAACUGGAGCAAGAAAACUGCACCCUGGUCACAACAUUCAGAGGACACACAGGUGGGGUGACUGCUCUCUGUUGGGACCCUGUCCAGCGGGUGUUGUUCUCAGGGAGCUCCGAUCACUCCGUCAUCAUGUGGGACAUUGGUGGGAGAAAAGGAACAGCCAUCGAGCUCCAAGGACACAAUGACAAGGUCCAGGCCCUGUCCUACGCACAGCACACGCGGCAGCUCAUCUCCUGUGGCGGUGAUGGCGGGAUCGUGGUCUGGAACAUGGACGUGGAGCGGCAGGAGACCCCUGAAUGGUUGGACAGUGAUUCCUGCCAAAAGUGCGAUCAGCCUUUUUUCUGGAACUUCAAGCAAAUGUGGGACAGUAAGAAAAUUGGCCUGAGACAGCACCACUGCCGCAAGUGCGGGAAGGCGGUCUGCGGCAAGUGCAGCUCCAAGCGCUCCCCGAUCCCGCUGAUGGGCUUCGAGUUUGAAGUGAGGGUGUGCGACAGCUGCCACGAGGCCAUCACAGAUGAGGAACGCGCGCCCACCGCGACCUUCCACGACAGUAAACAUAACAUCGUGCACGUGCACUUUGAUGCGACCAGAGGAUGGUUACUGACUUCGGGAACUGACAAGGUUAUUAAGUUGUGGGAUAUGACCCCAGUCGUGUCUUGAUGCCCCUUCCAGGCGCCAGAAAGACAGAAUUUACUCAAGAAACGGUUGUUCUAACCCAAAUCAUGACUGCAGCAGUAAAGCAGAUGUGCGAGUGGCGGGGGAGAAGCCGAAAAGCUGAGCUGAGCUUGCGUGUUGCCUGCACACGUGUCGGUGAGCGGUCUGAGCUCUUGUGAGGGAACUCUUUCAACUUGUUCAUACAAUAUGAAAAGAGGAUAUUUUUUUAACAAAUGGUUUACACAGUCUGGCUCUGCUCCCUUGUUUUGAGUAUACCGAAAACUCAGCGUGGGGUGUUUUAAGUUUUACAUUUGUCAACACUUGGUUUUAGCUGUUUCUUUGUGUGUUGGAGAAAGGAGUGUAUAACUGUUCAGGGUAUUUGGGGUUGUUGUGAAGUAGUUUCUGUGUUCCUCUUCUUUGGGCACGUAUCCUGUGGUCUGCAUCUUCUCCCUACUCAGCUUCUUCCACUGUUCCCCGGAGUGAACAUAUUCACAAUUUAUUUGCAGUGUGUCUGCUUUCGUAGGAGUCCCCCUCCGUUGAGAGAUCUGGAAAACCAUCCUUGUGGUUUUCCCAGCUGAUUUCUUAAAUUGCCCGAAGGAUGAUCCAUUUGUAAUGUCUAGAUCUUACAAGAGUGGAAAUGACCUUAUGUUUCUGCCUCAGUUUUUCUCUUUCCUACAUUAAAAAAAGAAAAAAAAAUUGCUGUGAGAAAGCCACUCCCAGCCACGGAAGUAGAUUAUCAAACUCAGACCUUCAACUCUCAGUGCCUGGAUCCUUUCUAAUUCAGUGGGAGCUUUCUGAGCCUUUUGGGUUUUAGUUUUAUUGACACAGCUCUCCUUCGCUCUUGAUAUUAAAAACAAGCAAAAGGAAACAACAAAACCCUGUGUCCUUCAAGAAUAGUGUCUUUAAGAUCUGUGGUUCUGUGUGAUGUCACCUCUGAACUUGAACAUGCUCAUUGCUGUGAGGUUGUAUGCUGCUUUAUUCCUCACUGUCUGUAUUUGCUUCCCCUUUCAAAACCAGAUAUUUAAAGAUUUUUAUCUUCAUGUACUUUAUCAGAACACUUUGCACGCUUUAAUACUCCAGCCGUGUGAUCUGAGACAUAAAAGGUACUCAGUCCUACAGCUCAUGCUGUGUGUUCCAGUUGGGAAUGUACAGAAAAGAGGGGGAGGGGAGGCUUUAGGAAAUGAACCUGAGGAACCCUGAUUUUAGGGGAAUCCAAUCAUCUUGAUAAGUUGAGAUAUUCUUGUGUGUAGAGACCCCAUUUGGGAUUCUUACUUUCAACCUGUAAAAGGAGGAUUUAAAUGAGCAGCGGGCAUGUGUUCUGUGCCCGCCUCCUUCUCAGCACUUUACCGGGACCACCUCAUUCAUCCCUCACCCAUCAGGAGCAUCAGGGGACCCCUGAGUCCUUGGGGUUCACACGGUUACACAAAGCCUUGCAUAUCACAGGCCAAUGACUUGCCCUUCCUCAUGUGAGCCCUACCUCUGCAGGGUCUUGUUCUCUGCUGACUUGACAAUUGAGGGUAGUCGUCGUUUCUCCCCUCAUGAUCAUUGAUUACUUUUCUAACUGGGAGAACGACUCCCAGCCAGACUUGGAUAACCCACCCCCGGCCCCCCGCCACCCCAACACUGACCAGCUGUGCUUCCUGGUGACAGACCUCCUCGAGACGGUUCUGCUGCUGCAGCUUUGGGGCACAGGACAGUAGGCAUGCCCCGUGCAGCCGUGGUACAUGACAGCCAUGACAUGGGACAUCAGGGCAGAUCAGCCCACGUGACCGUACUCUGAGGCUGUGGACACAGACACACCAAUGUGCAGAAGCAGUUACCACUUGCCACUCAACUGCCCCUUCCACCCUACCCUUGCUGGCCAUCAGUGAAGCCAUUAUAACUAACCUGGGUCUCUUCUGCAUGGUUGUGAGAGAGCUUUAAAAAGGGAAUUCAAUUUAAAAUAUUCAAAUAUCUGUUUUGUAGUUUACUACUAGAACCUGGAGCCACUUACAGAGUUGUCCGUAAUAAAGAACGACGUGGUAGACAUGAGUAGUAGAAAUGAAUGGCUCUCUUCUCCCUUCCUUUGGAGCAUGGCCUGAAUACAGAGAGGCAAACACAGUGUCGUGGAGGCGGUGGGUCAGGUGCCCAGCAGACCUGACGUGGUUCUGAGUUGGGUCUAGAUGAGCUCAGAUCACACUGGGGAUGCUGAUUGUCCCCGCUGGGUCACAUGUGAGCCCAUGAUCGCCCUGGUCUGUGACCCCACACUUCAGGCCCCCCGCCUCCUCCCAGCAUGGCUGCACCCCUAGCUCACAGAGCCACUCAGAGGUGGAACCUCCCGGACACACCUCCUGGUGGUGACAGUCGCAACCAGUGACCACAGACAUGUCAAGGUACCCAUUGCGCUGCUCUUUUAUUUCUCCUCAUGUGUGUAGGUGCUUUAGUUUGGUGAGAAGCACUUAGCAUGCCAACUAUGUGUGUUUAUAAUACUGUGAAUCCCUGAGUAUUACAUUCCCACCACCAUUUGUGUAACUCAUCGAUAUGUGUUGGUGUUGGGGUGCCUUCCAAGCAUUUUAUGGAAUAGAGGCUUCAUUCAUUAGGAGCAAAAGCUGGCGCCAGCACUUGGCUUGUCUCCUGUCUGGGUUAACUCUCAUCACUCUUGUUUUACCCCACUGGAAUUGCACUUUAUAUAUAUAUAAUUUUUCUUUUUGCUCUAUUGCUUCAACAUACAGAAGCUCUGGCAAGUCAAGCCUAACACGAUCAAUGCUGGGAAGUGGCACACUCGCACAUACCAUGCCUGUGCCUUUUAUUUGGUAGGACAGAACCAAUCCCACGCUCUGUUUCUCCAGAGAAAUGAUGUUCCUGGACCCUUUAGCUGCCUGGGUUGUCUCCACAGCAGCACAAGUGGUUUUAGAUGAAGUACUUGGAGUCAUGUGUCUUUUUUUUUUUUUAUGAGAUCAGUCAACCAUGGUGUGUUUCUUACUGGAUUGUUUGAAUGGUAUGCAAAGAAUUGUAAAAUCACAGAACUAGAAGGGACUCUUCAGACCUCUAGAACGUUCCAAGCACAGUCACACCAAGCAGUGAGAUAUAGUUGAGGUAUCGGCAAGGGGAAUCUAUAAGAGUUUUGGAAGAACAGUUGUUUUUGAACGUGAACCCAUAAUGGCGUGCGUGGGAGGAAUGACUUUGAGGCUCAAGGCAGGGAGCAGUCAGAACUGGGUCUGGUCCUCUCAUCACAGGCAAAUCUCAUACCUCCCCUGGCUCCGAGUGGGUGGGUUCGUGCAACGAGGUGAUCACUGCAGGCCUCCAUCAGCCUAACCAGCUUCCUGCGCCCGCCCCCACCGACCUCUCCAGCCACGCAGUGUAAGUGGAAAUCAAGGGGCACUGAAUCUGCACCUUACCCUCUGUGUGCAGGUGGGCCCCGGGCGAGUCUCCUCAUUGCCCUUCCUGUGAAAUAUCGCCUUUUCCUAUUUUUGAUACUCAUUUUUUCAAAAGCCUAAUUUAUUUUUGCUUGAAAUUACUCAGAUUUUAAAACCUGAAUUUUACCUUUCAAGCAAGGGAUUUAGUCUGAACUGUGCAUCAAAGGUACCAGACGUAAAUAUCCAUUAAAUGAGAUCCCUUUGGUUUUGCCUUUUCAUAGUAGUAUAAUUAUAAGUGACCUUGUCCACUAAGAUUUCUGUUUUAAAAUGAAAGAAAACAUUUUGCCAAUGCUUUUUGGCAUUCUCUCUCUCCUCUAGAACAAAGUUAAGUUGCAUUUUUCUGGAUGUGAGGGUGGCUAUCUAUCAACGUAAUGGGGAAACACAGAGAUUAAGUCCAUCCUGAGCAUCGAGGGAUCUAGAUGACUGUUGAGCCUCUUAACUCUCAUAGUCCAGCCCUUUGCUGGACUGCCACCACAUACCAGGCUUUGAACCAGGCCUGGGGUCAAGAGGUCCAUUUUGUGGUUUGGGCAGAGGCCACACAGACGAGUUGGUGUUCAGUCGCUCAGUCAUGUCCGACUCUUUGCGACCCCAUGGACUGCAGCAUGCCAGGCUUCCCUGUCCAUCACCAACUCCUGGAGCUUGCUCAAACUCAUGUCCUUCGAGUCGGUGAUGCCAUCCAACCAUCUCAUCCUCUGUUGCCCCCUUCUCCUCCUGCCUCAAUCUUUCCCAGCAUCAGGGUCUUUUCCAAUGAGUUGGCUCUUUGCGUCAGGUGGCCAAAGUAUUAGAGCUUCAGCUUCAACAUCAGUCCUUCCAAUGAACACUCAGGACUGAUUUCCUUUGGGAUGGACUGGUUUCAUGUCCUUGCUGUGGCUCGUUUCUGUGCCAUAUGGUGACUCUGGUGACAGAGGGUGUGGGGUCCCAUCCCAGGAGCUACACAGGUACUCUUGCACCCACAGGGGAGGGGGGAACCCAGCAGAAAGGACUCCAGAGCUGAGAGUUAAAUGAAGAGUUGGAAUGAGCUGAGGAAGGACCUGAGUUUCCAGGCUGUGGAAGCAGUGCCAGCAAAGGCCCAAGACCUGCACCAGCCUGGCACUGGGGUCCCACCCAAGGUUUGGAGCUCCAGAGUAGCGCGUGUGCAGCUGCAGUCCUCAUCUCUAUCAGACAAGAUGCUCAUGGCUGCAGGCGGAGGGAGGCAGCCCACAGUUCACCAAGCACCUUUACCCAGAGGCUUGCCAGCCAAGUCCAGUCUUCCUGCAGCUGAAGCCAGUUUCAAAGUUUCUUUUUCUUUGGAAACACCUGGAAUUAUCUUAAAAAGGACCCCUGGCUAACUAAUUUUUGAACUUUGUUGUGGGGCAUAGCCACCUACUGGAGGCCAUGAGGUGGGGCUGGAGACCACUGCUUGCCUGGUUUUGCUCUGGACGAGCUUGUUGUGAGCUCAGUCGCUAAGUCAUGUCCCACUCUUUGCGACCCCAUGGACUGUAGCCCGCCAGCCUCCUCUGUCCGUGGGAUUCUCCAGGCAAGAAUACCAGAGUGAGUUGCUUCUCCCUUCUGCAGGGCUUCUUCCUCACCCAGGGAUCGACCCCAAGUCUCUUACAUCUCCUCCAUUGUCCGGCAGAUUCUUUAUUACUGUGACACCUGGGAAGUCCCUAGAUGAGCUUACAACAUACUAAUCCCAUUAUUUCCUGGGGCGGUGCGGGGGCAGGUUCGGCUGCUCUCCUUUGAAACUGGACAGCCCUUGACCUGUGGAGGAGGCCAUUCUGGACAGCAAAGGCCGUGCCCGCGUGUGAUCUCUCCAUGAGCAAGCAGACCACUGCUGUCCUCAUUUCCCUCUGGCCUUACAUCGCUCCUGCAGCAGUGGGUCAUCUCAGUACAGCGUGGUAAAUGUGAUAAAUGCUCAUGGCAGGGGCACUCGCCAAGGGAAGGGAACAUUUUCCUCAAUUCAGUGACUGUAAAAGGGCUCAGUAGACCCAGCUGUACAGAGCCCGGGGCCCUCCCACCCCAUGGUGAGCCUCGGUCCUUCCUGCUACUUGUACUGCACCCACUGGCCUUUUUCUUCCAGUGCCCGAGUAUCGUAUGUCCGUAACUUAAUUCAGGAACAUCCAUGUUCGUUUUUAACCUUGAACUCAACUUCACCAUCAAGAACUAGAUACACACCAACCCUUAGGUUUUUAGUUUGUAAUUUUGCCUUUCAAAUUUAUCCCUUCCACGGAGAAGCCUGUCUGGGCCUAACACAAGAAAGCAGGGUGUAAAAUUAGAUCUGUCCAGCACUGGAAGGGGAUUCCUCCAUUGUAUGUCUUAUGCCAGGGAAUUUUUGAACAGCAAGUCCAUAGACCCUUGUCUGUUUGUAGUGGAAAAGAUGUGGAAAGGAGAUUAAAAGCCUUGAGUAAAAGUUGAAUUCGAUGAUCAUGCUUAAGGUCCCUUCCAAUCUGUGAUGCUAUGAUUCUAUGACUGUUGUUACUCAUUGGACUAACCCAACCUUUAGCAGUGACCUGCCUGCUCAUGGCUGACUUAACUCAGGUAAAUGGGAGUGUGUCCCACUGCCUUUGUCUGGUGUCACAUCAAGUAAACAGCUGCCUGUAUUUUCCCAACUAGAGCCCAGGAGGUUUGAAAAAAGUUGGAGAAGGCAGAGGUCAAUCAUGGUACCAUCUCAUUAAAAACAAAUACCUCAGAAUGUUCACUUCUGUGGAUCCAAGUGUAUCUGACUUUCUUGUGAGAGAAAGGGAAUAAUUGCAGGUUGGUUUAAAGGUUAGAUUUGGAAUGCGACCUUGAUAUUUAGGAUCCUUUCUCCUCCCCUACCCCCACCCCCGUCUUGGUUCUCUGGGAAGCAUGAGAGAGUAAAUUGUAACACAAAAAUGGGAAAUGGUUUGAAAGAAGUCGUUCUCUUAAAAACACUCUUCCCUUCAUUUAAAUGGAUGGCUGCCUUAUGUUAGUAGCAUAUGAAGUAUGGACCAAAAUACUUGUGUCGCUGGUAACCGAUGUACACUUACAUAUUUGUGUUUUACGCCAUCUGCCUUUUUUUUUUCAAUGUACUGUCAUUUUGCAGAAGAAAAUAUAUGAAAAGUACAAAAACUGUUACUAACUGGACAACCGGGAAGGUGCUAGCCCCACAUUCGUGCCUGCCUCCCACUGACUCCAUAACCAGGGACAAGGACACUUCCAUCCUGCAUGCCCAUCAGCCUGCAGCCCAGUCGGAACCUGGCUGCCACGGCAUGUUGCUUUACAAAAUGUCUUUUUUUUCUUUCUUUAUGAAAUGAGAUUCUCCAAGGGGUCAGGCUGAGAAUGUCAUAAGCCCAAAGCUGGAAGAAGUUUCUCAAACGUAGUUCUAGCUGAACCCCGUUGGCAUCGCCACGCCCUCUACCACCAGAUUCCACCAACCAGACCAAGCAGUCUUGACAUUGACUUCCUGAAUGUGACUAGGUGGGAAUGAGCCAGGAUUUCCCACAAUGUUAAACGUCUGCUGAAUGUUGUGAAUGUUCCUGAACUCUGCUCACUUUCCCUCUGUGCUUCCCUCUAACCGAAAUGUGUGUGUAGCCAUGACCUGUGUCAAGACCCAAUGCAAGCCACCGCCACAGUUUAAAAUAAAUCUCUGUGGAAACCUU